AUGUUGGCCCCCGUGCUAAAUCUAAAACAUCCAGAAUUCCGAAAGCAACCCGCGCUUGAUGUUAAGGAGGAGUUUUUGCUAUAUUUAGUGAAAUAUGCAAAAAAUAUCCCAACCCAUAUUUCUACGAAAUGCGCAGGCACGAUACUGGUUAGAAUACAAGUGCCGCGCUAUUGUAUCUUCGCUUUGCUUUCUCUGUUUCCUCACUCUUGUCCCUUCUCAGGCCCCGGCCGCUCGCUGCGCGGCGGACCGGAUAAAUUUUUGCUCUUGGGGUUUCAUCAUGUUGAACUGAAAAUACAGGCCAGCUACUGGUCGGCUAUUGCUGGAAGUUUCAUAUUUUCAGCGAUAGCAGACCAGUAACUGACCUGUAUGCUCAGUUGCUUGCAAGCGUUGUCCUUUUCGUGUGGUUUGCAAGUAAAUUUGUGGAACCGCUGACAAAGUAGGGACGCCCCUCCUGGCCGUGUAGUGCAAUAAGUGAUCGCCAUGCAGUGGUCGCGAUAGAAGUGGGCUACCGCUCUCGUUACUGGUGCACUAGUACACGGGCACGGCAGUGCUGCGCGUCGGCUACUUUGCUCGCCUACCGUAAUUACAGGUCGAGAUAUUUUCUGCAUAUGAUUUUAAAUAUAGCAAGAACUCAUCUUUAAUGAUGCUUUUUGCUAGUAGUAGGAGAUGCAGCCGCAAGAAGACGAGGAAGAGGAAGAGCACCGGUAGACAUUUUAUGUAGCGCUUUCUGAUGAAGACCUAGGAAUAGGCUACAAGCAUCUUCAAAAUUAUGCGUGUUUCUAGGUAUGCAUAUUCUUGAUUGCUUGUUCUAGGCUGAUGUGAAUACAAUAAUGUCUUUCCACAAAUGUACCCAACGUUGUGAUGAAUGUUUCGUCUCCAGUUUGAGUUUGCAAGCAGGCAAGAAUGGCCAUGAAUAAUAAAUUCACCUUGGUUCCCGACCUCGAGGACCUUGCAUCAAUGGCCGCUCCUGACGAGCUAUUGAUCUUUCACGAAGAGGAAACACUGAUGCACUUACGGUUCCUUGGAAUCAAAAAUCAAAGUAAGGAUUAUAGAAGCGCCAGCCAUCGAAAGAUUGAUAAGAUUCUCGAACUGAAC